AACAGAUUUUCAGCUCUAGACUCUUAAGAAUGGCAGAAGUUUGCGUGAGGGCAACAAUGAAUAGGCUGAAGCCAUAUAUCCUUAUGAUUUUCUUACAGUUUGGCUAUGCUGGUAUGUAUGUAAUAUCAAUUGUCUCGUUGAAGAAAGGCAUCAAUCAUUUUGUGCUCGUCGUCUAUCGGAAUGCUGUGGCUGUUGCAGCUAUUGCACCUUUUGCCAUUUGGCUUGAGAGGAAAGGGAGGCCAAAGAUGACACCAAGAAUCUUCAUUAAGAUAUUGAUUAUGGCACUCUUGGAGCCAGUGCUUGAUCAGAAUAUGUAUUAUGUGGGGACUGUGUUUACAUCAGCAAGCUUUACUGCAGCACUAGUCAAUAUUCUUCCUGCCAUAACCUUCUUAAUGGCCUUCAUCAUUGGGGUUGAAAAAGUAAAAAUUAAGAGCAGGCGCAGCCAGGCUAAGAUUAUUGGAACCCUAGUGACAGUUGCUGGAGCAAUUUUAAUGAUAAUGUAUAAGGGAGCUGUUGUGGAUCUUCCAUGGACAAGGGGAAGCAACCAACAUGUAGUUACAGAUGCUGGAACCCAAAAUGAGAGGCACUGGAUUAUGGGUACUUUUAUGCUGCUAGGAAGCUGUACUUGUUGGGCUGCUUUCUUCAUUCUCCAGGCAAAUACCCUAAAAUCCUACCCAGCUGAGCUUUCACUUGCCACUCUAAUCUGCACCAUGGGAAUGAUAGAAAGUGCUUCUGUUGCUCUUGUAAUGGAGAGGGGAUUAAAGCCUUGGCUAAUUGGUUUUGAUACACGGAUCUUUGCUGCUCUUUACUCGGGUAUAGUUUGUUCUGGUGUCACAUACUACAUUCAAGGGAUAGUAAUGAAGGAGAGAGGACCAGUAUUUGUGACUGCUUUCCAGCCGCUUUGCAUGAUAAUUGUGGUUGUUUUAGGUUCUAUCAUACUUGCUGAAAAGAUCACUGUAGGAACAAUGACUGGUGCCAUCAUAAUAGUAAUUGGCCUAUAUUUUCUUAUAUGGGGCAAGGCUAAGGAUCACUUGAUUCAGUCCUCUCAGAAGCUCCCCAAUGUGCUGAAUGAUACUAAGAAACCAGCCACAAUAGAGAAAUACAUUGAUAUCUCCACCCCUUAAUUAUAUAUAUUAGUCUUGGAGUAUUAUAUGAAUCUGCUGAGAUCCUGUCAUUGUAAGGAAAUGAGUGUGAUUUUUAUUGGUUGCCUAUUGCAUAUGUCAUGCUGUAUUUUGAAUUCCUGUCAGAUGUGAAACAUUGUAUCUGUGUAAGGAAUUAUUGUGCUUAGCUUUUGUAGCUUUACUUAAAGUGGCUUUUAAUGGCUUCCUAUCUUUUGAACUC